GGCAAGGGGACGGUGUGCGAGAGGAUCGCCCGCAGCUUCGGGCUCCAGCACCUCUCUAGCGGGCAAUUCCUGCGGGAGAGCCUCGGCGGCAGCGACGCCUGAGCUGACGGAGCUGCCCGCAAAAAGUGGGGUCUGAUGCCGCGGGUGCCGUGGGUGCGCUACAGUUUUAUCCCUGUGCCAGAAGCUGGUGUCUUGGCAAAGCAGUACCUUGAGCGAGGCCUUCUGGUGCCCGACCACGUCAUCACGCGUGUGAUGAUGACGGAGCUGGAGAAGCGGCGGGAGCAGCACUGGCUGCUCGACGGUUUUCCUCGGACACUGGGACAAGCCAAGGCGCUGGACAGGAUCUGUGAGCUGGACCUGGUGAUCAGCUUGAACAUUCCCUUCGAGACGCUGAAGGAUCGUCUGAGCGCCCGCUGGGUCCACCCGGGCAGUGGGAGGGUCUACAACAUGGACUUCAACCCCCCCCACGUCCAGGGCGUCGAUGACCUGACGGGCGAGCCUCUGGUGCAGCGCGAGGAUGACAGACCCGAGGCCGUGGCUGCCAGGCUCAGAAAGUACAAAGAUGCUGCAAAGCCUGUAAUAGAGUUGUACAAGAGCAGGGGCAUCCUUCACUCCUUCUCCGGCACUGAGACCAACAAAAUCUGGCCCUACGUGUACACCCUGCUGUCCAGCAAGAUCCCACCUGUUCUCUCAGACGAGGAGAACUAAACACUCAUGCCAAGGACCAGGAGUUCACCAUGGAUUUGGUUCCUCUGUGCAGUGCCAGGGCUGUGCUCAGAUUAGGUGAUGGUGUACUGGGUGCCAUUGGUGGGUACCAGUAUAGCCAGUGUCAGGGUGAAAAGAUCUUUGUUUAUAAGGUCAGGUUUGUUAGAAUAAGGGGUUUUUUUUCCUCUUUUGAGGUUAUAAAUUAUUCCUGCCUAUGGUCCAUCAUGGAUCAGUGAUGCAGACCCAGGUAAUGAUCAUUCCAGGUUUACACAGCUUGCCAUGGUGUCCUUGCCACCCCCUUCCAACCCCAGCCCCUGUUUGAGCCUACAAUGUGCCAUCCUGUUGCUCCACAGGACUAUUUACUGCUGAGUACUCUCUAGGUUGAGGUUUCUUUCCUAUAAAUUAUUUUAUAUUAAAUUUAUUUCUCAGAGAAAUAAAGCUCUAGAAAGUAACACUUAGCCCAGUGGGAGUUGGGGAGCAACAUGGAAAACGUGAAUACUACAAGGCUCUGAGAUGUGAAGAUCACAUUUCCAGCAUUAAUAUGCAUAAAAGAGGGAAAACACUGGAGGAAAAGCACACACUUGUACUCCUUCCAUAGAGAGAGAUGAAUUCCAUGUUAUAAAAAGCUGCUGUACAGUCUGUAUUUUUUGGAAUGCUGUGAGAUUGAACAGGAUCUGGGCUGGGAAUGAGUAGCACUCCUUUGUGCUUACCUUGUUUAUAGCUUCUAAUACUUCAAGAUAAUCAUGUUAUAAGAGUUUCUCCCAAAGAUUUAUGUGUACUUCAGUUCUGGGGAGAAAUCAACUCAUUCCAUCUUCUGUGCUGCCUUUGUCCCUGAGGUCUCCUGGCCAUGGGGGUUCCCUAAGCUCUUCCUGCUGUGGCUGCAGCAUCCCCGGCAAAGUGACUCCCUAUCCAUGAAAUCCCAGAGAUCCUUCCUUCCUUGGGAUGCAUCCAGGGGCUGCUGAGGUGUUUCCCCAUGAUUUACAGCACCAUUGGAAUGUGUUGGGGCCGGGCAGAGUCACUUUUCUCAACUGGAAGUACUGUCACCCUCUUUGCUGGUGGGAUACAGUACCUAAGCAAUGGGGACAUUCCCCUUGUCUCCUCGAGUUGCCUUAUUUUAUAGACUAUGUAUUUAAGAAAAAAAAAAAAAAAAGCAAGAUGUGUAUUUUUAAAGGUUUAAAACAAACAAAAAGUGCUGAA